UGCCAUAGUCAAUACUCAAUAAUAAUACCAAGUCACCCUCAUUUUCUCUUUAUAUUCAAUUCAAUCAAAUCUUUUUUUCUAAGAAUCUACUGGCUUCGUGCACAUGAAAACACAUACGGAACCCACUUUGCCUGUUCUACCAAGACUUGAUCGUCUUGAUCGUCUGUUAGAGCUAUUGGAGGAGAAACAUAGCAAAUCCGCAAGGUUUGGAUCUACUACCAAAGCCGACGAUGAUCAUAAUUAUAACGGAGAUGGUGAUUAUAAAGAAAGGAAGCGUGACAACAUGAAUUGCAGGACCUUGUUGUCUGCCCUUGAUGAUGUUCAUCACAAAGGCACCCUUAUAGAUCGACUUGGAAUGCUCGAGAAUCGCGUGCUACAGUUAAGUAUGGACUUGGAACAUGGGAGCAUAUCAAGAUCAAGCUCAUCGACCACUUAUGCUACCAAGGAGGAUAAAGAACGCACAAGUGAUACAUGUACUUUAAACUCAAAUGGCAAGAGAAAGAGAAGGGUGCACUUCAAAUGGAUCGGAUGGUUCGCUAUGAGAUGCUAGUUUUUUUUUCUUCUUUCUGAUUCAAUGAUUCAAUGGCUACAUUUACACAUCAAUCGCAAGGUGGACAAUUACACUUCAACUAUGUGAUUGCUAACUCUAUUAACUUUUGUAGUCCACCAAUAGCACCAAUAAGUUGACAUAAACUAUGGUGUUAUUAUGGGCAUUUUUUUGAUAAUACAUGUAAAUUGCUAGUCACCUAUAAACUCAGCGUUAUAUAUGUGUCAAUCUGUGGGAUGCUUAUGUAUGAACACAACAUCUAGGCCAUGUU